CACGCCUCCUGCCUCCUGCCAGCACCCAGAGGGGCGAAUGAAAUGAAAGAAUAAAGGUGAAGACUGAAAACAAAAGAUUCGGAUGGAGGUGCUUCAACCAUUCUUGGUCUUUGGGGACGGCAGUCUGAGUGAGAUUAAGUAUGGAACUUCAAGGUCUUUGUGAUAAUGGAAACCAAAAAAUUGAUUGGUAAACCGCUUCAACCAGCAAGACCUGUUCGUCAUCUGACUUCUCCCCCUGGAGCAGUAUUCCCUUUCAACUUUCAAAACGAAUAUCCGUGCAAAACUCAGUGCUUACAAAGCGGAGUUAGCAGAUGUAAGACGAAUGGAAUGCAAGCCUUUUCUCAAGGUCAUAAUGAACCACAGCAACAUCAGUCUCCAGUUAAAAAAGAGAGAAUUAAAUACAGCAGAGAUUUCCUGUUGAAGCUCUCAAGUGUUUCCAUCUGCAGAAAAAAACCAGACUUUCUGCCUGAUCAUCCCAUUGUACUUCAAAAACCGGAAAACCACCCAAGUUUUAAGUAGCAUUUUAAGAACAGAUGAAUUUGAACAUAAAGAAUUACUCGUUUUAUAUUUUGGACACCUGCAAAUGAAGUGGACCUAGUAACAAUAACUGUAAUGGACUGUGACAGUUCAGCUUAUUUUUAAUUUUGAUGGUUGGGUAUUUGGUUUCUCCCUAAAAUGAGAAAGAUAUUUUAAAUAAUUUUCUAAUCAGUUUCAACUUUGCAGGCAGUUUCCUGCAUAAAUUGGGAAGUAACACUGGAAAGUAGGAAUUCGGUUAGUAAAGUGGGAAGACUGUAUUUAUAAUUUGCAUGCUACUUGCAAUUUUUUUUGUCUUUCAUCUCUUGUAAUAAUGGAAUGGAAAUGUAAGCUGUAAAGAUUCCCAAAUAUAAAGUAUUUGCUAUGAUGUA